AUGCGGGCAUCUCCAAUUAUACAAGGCGAGGCUCCUCCUCAAUUAUCGUCACGAUUGAAAAUGGCAGACGGCAACUACGUAGAGACAGUUGGGAUAUUGAACAUUACUGUUAACUGGGAGACUAAAAGUGAAACACUAAAAGUACCACUUCUACAGGAAUUAUCGCAUGAACUAAUACUGGGCGUUGAUUGGAUACAACGUAUUGGGGGAAUUUCCCUCUUCCCAAACGGGGCCCACUUAAUUGUUAAAGCUGUAACCAAGUGCGAUCACUCAAAGAUUUCAUCCGAUGUCAUACAGAAGAUUGACACUCUCUAUGUUUUUGAAACUACCAUUCUACCAGCAAUGUCUUUAGCUUUUAUUCCUGCACAAGAAAGGGGUAUUACUGGCGCCCUUUUCAGCAAUUCAAAGAAACAACUUUGGGUUGUGAAUCGAAGCUUCUCUGCAAAACCGGGAAAUGAAUGGAUAAUUCCGAAUUGCUUACUUCCAAAUCUGGGUAACACCUUGUAUAUCCCUGUUAUCAACCCGUCAAUGAAGCCAAUCACCUUCCACAUCGGAAAAGACAUAACGGUUGCUGAACGCAUACCCAUCACUUAUUGGCCUCAAUUUCUAGACGAAACGAUUGGAAGUUUCACUAGAGGAUCACCAACAGAAAACAGAUUAUCAGAUGCUCUUUCGAAACACCUAGAUGGCAUGCCUAACCAAUAUCGAUCAGCUAUGAAGGCCCUACUUACUAGGUACCAUCAUCUCUUCUACCACGACAGUAACGCGACCUAUCUGAAAAGUACAAACACCACAGAGCAUCACAUAGACACUGGCAAUCAUACACCUAUACGGACAGCUCCUUAUCGAGUAAGUCGCAAAGAAAGAGAAGCUAUUCAAAGUCAAGUUACUAACAUGCUCCAGGAUGAUAUCAUACAGCCAUCAUCUAGCCCUUGGGCUUCGCCUGUAGUUAUGGUUCCAAAGAAGAAUGGCGAACUCCGCUUCUGUAUAGAUUAUCGUCGAUUGAACGCAAUCACAGUCCGCGACGUUUAUCCACUUCCCAGAGUUGAUGAUUUUCUAGACCAUUUAGGAGGGGCGCAAGUUUUCACCAGCCUAGAUCUCAAAAGCGGCUAUUGGCAAGUCCCCAUGAAUAAAGACAGUGUAGCGCCAAUGUACUUUGGCGCUUAG